GAGCAAACAAACCGGGAUCCGGGGGUUUGGCCUUAAUAGUGUAUGGCCAAGAUGGCGGCUUCCUUCAUUGAAAGCAGAAUGGGGCUGCUGUUCAUGGUAUGCGUGACAUUUUUUGUCGGCGGGUCUUUAGCUGUGGAUCGUGGAAACUUCAAAACAUGUGACCAGAGUGCCUUCUGCAAACGUCAGCGGGCGAUGAAGCCAGGCCAAUCUCCAUACAGAGCCCUGCUGGACACCCUGGAGCUCAGUGACUCCAGAUUGACUCUGCAGCUUAUCAAUGACAACAACAAGGUGCACCUGCUGUUGGAGCUGUACAGGUUGCAGGGGAAUAUGACACGGGUGAAGAUUAAUGAACUGAAACCUCUGAAGCCUCGUUUUGAGGUGCCAGACGUGCUCAUUGCGGAGCCUCCCACAGAGCCUCUGUCUGUAUUGUCUCAGGAUGAUAAUGGUGUGGUGUUGUCGCUGGGGGCGGAGUCUCAGAGGCUGAUCGUUAGUGCCCGCCCCUUCCGGCUGGACAUCAUGGAGGGGCCAGAGUUACUGCUGUCACUCAACUCCCGUGGCCUGCUGGCCUUUGAGCACCUGAGGUUACGCAAGGACACUCUCUCCUAUAAAAUAAGUAGCACCAUUGAUAGCAUGUGGAACAAAAUCAAAUGGGUAUUCUCUAGGCAAGCCGACGCAGAGGGUGUAGAUAAGAAUGAAAAUGUAGAUGGAGCUGAGCAGCAGGAGGAAGAUAAGGCAGCAGAUGGAGAGAGUGAUAAAGAUGAAGUACAAGAUGGAAUGUGGGAGGAGACAUUUAAAUCACAUGCAGACAGUAAACCAAAUGGUCCAACCUCCAUUAGUUUAGACUUCUCUCUCCCUGGUGUGGAACAUGUCUACGGAAUACCAGAACACGCAGACAGUCUCAAACUAAAAACCACAGAUGGAGGGGACCCGUACAGGCUGUAUAAUCUGGAUGUAUUUCAGUAUGAGCUUUAUAACCCGAUGGCUCUCUAUGGUCACGUACCAGUCUUACUGGCCCAUAACACUCAGAGAACACUUGGGAUCUUCUGGCUCAAUGCGGCAGAGACCUGGGUGGACAUCAGCUCCAACACCGCAGGGAAGACGGUGUUUGGGAAGAUGCUGGACUACGUUCAAGGUGCCAGCGAGACGCCUCAGACUGACGUGCGUUGGAUCUCGGAGAGCGGCAUCAUCGACGUCUUCGUUAUGCUGGGACCCAAACCCACUGAUGUCUUUGCACAGUACGCUUCUCUCACAGGCACCCAGUCCUUUCCUCCUCUUGCUGGCUUGGCCUAUCACCAGUGUCGUUGGAACUACAAUGACCAGGAUGACGUGCGGGCGGUGGACCAGGGCUUCGACGAGCACGAUAUACCUUAUGACUUUAUUUGGCUGGACAUCGAACACACGGACGGAAAGCGCUACUUCACCUGGGAUCCGCACAAGUUCUCCCAGCCCAAAGAGAUGUUGCAGGGCAUCAUGGAGAAGAAACGCAAGAUGGUCGCUAUUGUGGACCCCCACAUCAAAGUGGAUGGCAGUUACAAGAUCCACAGUGAGAUUCGUUCCAGGGGCUUCUACGUGAAAAACAAAGAUGGUGGAGAUUACGAGGGGUGGUGCUGGCCCGGAAACUCUGGAUAUCCUGAUUUCACUAACCCGGAAAUGAGAGCCUGGUGGGCCAGCCAGUUUGCCUAUGACCAGUAUGAGGGUUCUAUGGAAAACCUUUACACGUGGAAUGACAUGAAUGAGCCAUCUGUGUUCAAUGGGCCUGAGGUCACCAUGCACAAAGAUGCUAUGCACGGAAACUGGGAGCACAGAGAUGUGCACAACCUCUAUGGCCUCUAUGUGCACAUGGCCACAACUGAGGGUCAGAUCCAGCGCUCCGGAGGCACCGAGCGACCAUUCGUGCUCACCAGGGCUUUCUUUGCUGGCUCACAGCGAUAUGGUGCGGUGUGGACUGGGGAUAACGCUGCGGAGUGGGACCAUCUGAAGAUUUCCAUCCCUAUGUGCCUGAGUCUCGGGCUGGUGGGCAUUUCUCUGUGCGGAGCUGAUGUUGGUGGCUUCUUUAAACACCCCAGCACUGAGCUGUUGGUGCGCUGGUAUCAGACCGGUGCAUACCAGCCUUUUUUCCGUGCACAUGCCCAUCUUGACACCCCACGGCGUGAGCCCUGGCUCUUUGGCCCAGAGAACACGGCUCUGAUCCGAGAAGCUAUCCGCCAGCGUUACGCCCUGCUGCCAUACUGGUACCAGCAGUUCUACCAAGCCCACAAAACCGGCCAUCCCGUCAUGAGAGCACUGUGGGUUGAAUAUCCUAAGGACACAGCUACUUUCACUAUUGAUGAUCAGUUCCUUAUUGGGAGAGAUCUGUUGGUCCACCCUGUAACUGAGGAGGGAGCAAGAGGAGUCACAGCCUACCUGCCUGGAGCUGGAGAAGUUUGGUAUGACGUUCACACAUUCCAGAAACACAACGGUGCUCAAAACCUCUACAUCCCAGUCACCAUGAGUUCUAUCCCAGUGUUCCAGCGUGGUGGGUCCAUCAUUCCUAAGAAACUCAGAGUCCGUCGGUCCUCUUCUUGCAUGGAGAACGACCCCUACACCCUAAUUGUGGCCCUUAAUCCUCAGAGAACGGCUGAAGGAGAGCUGUAUAUAGACGACGGUCACACCUUCAAUUACGACACAAAGAAAGAGUUUGUCCACAGGAGUCUGACCUUUGCCAACAACUCUCUGACCUCCAGGAACUUAUGCCUAGAUUGUCAGUUCUCUACAAAGUCUUGGAUUGAGAAGGUGGUCAUAUUGGGCGCCAGUAAACCUAAUAAGGUCACCCUCAAAAUGGAUGGCAAGGAUAGCUCCGUGGAGUUUGAGUUUGAUGCCUCCAUGUCUGUGUUAACCCUGCGUAAACCUGGUAUGAACGCAGGGGCCGACUGGACAGUGCUGCUGCAGUAAUUCUGCGGUCAUAUCUGGAUGGUGAUUUUUUUUUUUUUUACCGCAGAUACAUACUGACAGGAGAAUAAGGAGAGAGCACUCUGUUACAAUAUACAGAGAUCAUCAAAAAAAAACCAUAAUGAAACAAUAAACACACGCAAACACACAAAGUUACACACACACAUUCUUGAAUACAUCUCAGAUGAAGAGUAAAAUGAAAAGAGAUGGAUUCUUCCGACUGAUAAAAAAAAAAAUUUGGUCACCCAAAAUUCAAAUCAUGUUUUAAGGUGCAAAUCAGAUGAUUUAAGGUGCUGUCAGUAAGAUUUUGCCGUCUCCACGUUGUUAACUGCAAGGUGCAUAUGCAUGAAAGGAUGUUGGCCUCAUACACCAGUCAUGUCCUGUGUAACAUCCAGUUAUGUUUCUAAGAAAAUCCCAGGAAGGGAAAUGGGGAACUUGGUGAUCCAGCAGCACUGUGAUUGGAGGUCUGUGUUGGCUAUAGGACAUGAUCUGAGCGUUAGCAAUGUCAUAGUCAUCUAUAUCCUCCUUGUGCAGUUUAGACAUGUGAUUUCAGUGUCAAUCUUACUGACUGUACCUGUUUUAAUCCAAAUAACGAGUCACAUGAAUAUUAAAAACUAUUGUGAGGACUUCCUGUUUACAAUGCACUAGUUUAAUGAUGUUGAGGUUAAAAGGGGCGUCUUCAGAUAUUUUUGUUUCAGUACUUUCCAUUGGUUUUAACCACCCUUUGAGUGCUUGAGCAUCUAAAUAAAAUUAAAAAAAAAAAAAGAGGUAGUUAUCACAAGACCCGUCCAUAUUCCAUCCUGACAUUCCAAAUACUGCUUUUGGAACUGUAAUUUUGUCUAAAAAAAUCAGUUGAUUUGGAUGGCAUUUUCCAUACCAUUCACAAUCGGUGCACUGUCCCCCAAACCUACUGAUUUGGGUAGGAAUCCCUUGUUUUUUUUGUUUUUGUUUUUUUUUUCUUUUCUGACUGAUAUUUCAAGUUCAACAAUCUCUUGUGUAGUAUAUGUGGGUCUUGAGGUGGCAGCUUAAUUGGAUAGAAAACUCAAAAGGUCAGGAACAUUUUCAGGGGAAUAAACCACUGGCUAGUGGGAUUUAGCAUUGCUCUGUGUGUGUUUUUCUGUUUUAUUCUUUUUUUUCCCCACUUCUUUUGUGGGGGCUUUUUUCCCUUUUUUUGUAGAUUUUGUUUUCUGAUGCACUUGAAUAUUUGGGGGAAUGUUUUAUUAAAUAAAAAUGUGACAAAAUACUUUAGGGAAAGAGGAUGUGAAUAAUUCUGAGCAGAUGGUACCAGACUCCCAGUGUCGCCUGCUGGAAAUUGAUGUUCAACUGACCCCAUGCACUUCUGCCACCCUAAAAAUUAUUUUCCCAAAAAACUAAUCAGAAUUUGAAUCAUUUGAGAAGGAUUUGCAUACAUUCCUGCCUUACAGGUCCAUGCGACUUUAUUGUGUCCGCCUAUAUCUCUUGCUGUGGUGACCACUUGAAACCUUUUAUAUUUUAGACCAGUUUACUUCCUAUUGGUGGUCACAUGGAAAAGUAACUUUGAACUGUGUUCACAGGAGAUUCAGUAAAGUGGCUUCGGGGUUUUCUGAGAUUCUUUCUCUGCAUUCAAACUGUAGUGUCAUUUGUUUUGUCUUCACAGAAAAAUGUGAUAUCUGUCCAGAAAGAUAAAAAAAAAAUCAUGCCUUUCUUCCCAAAGUAAUGUGAGAGGGUUGUUGCUUUGAUAAAGGUCCUCAGAUGUUAGAAAAUAAAGAAUUGUAC